CGUACUAGUAUAUUAACAAAAAAACAAAACCAGUAUCUUCUAUCGUGGUUUAAAUUAAACGGCCAAAUUCGUUUAAAACCCAAAAUACUAAUAAAAAACUCUGAAAAAUAAUCACGAUUCACGAGCGACAGGAAACACACACAACAAGAUCCAAUAUUGUUUAUGUUUUUUGUUCUUCGAAAGUAAACGAACGGCACAGUAAUCUCUAAACGUCGUUUUGAAAUCCAACCCACAUUUCAAAAGCUAUUCCGCGUUAUAAAAUCUUCUUCCAAACAAAUCCUAAUUAUCCUCAUUCAGAUCUCGCCGUUGGUGCGGAAUCUGAAGGUUGAGGUAGAUUGCACCGCCCUUGAAAAUGGAUCAGUUGUCGGCGAUCAGCGAGGAUCUGGCGGAGAUCGACGGACGCGUCGCCGACAAUUUCCGCGCUCUAUCAAAUGGAUUUCAGAAACUGGAGAAGAUUAAGGAUUCGAGUAGGCAGAGCAGACAAUUGGAAGAGCUCACGGAGAAAAUGCGAGAGAGUAAAGGGCUUAUUAAAGAGUUCGAUAAAGAGGUCAAAGCUUUGGAGUCUAGAUUUGACAGAGAAACUAACAAAUAUUUGACUGAGAAAAAGCAGUCAAUGAUCAAAGAGUUGAAUUCAUAUGUUGCUUUGAAGAAACAAUAUGCUACAAAUAUUGAGAAUAAGCGAAUUGAACUCUUUGAGGGGCCCAGUGAAGGUUACACAGAAGAAAAUGUCUUGCUAGCUUCUGCAAUGUCAAAUGAACAGCUAAUGGAUCAAGGGAAUCGGAUGAUGGAUGACACGGAUCAAGCCAUUGAGAGGGGAAAAAGGAUUGUUCAAGACACAGUUAAUGUUGGUACCGAGACUGCAGCAGCUCUUAAGGCUCAGACGGAACAAAUGAGCAGAGUUGUGAAUGAGUUGGAUUCUAUCCAUUUCUCUAUAAAGAAAGCAUCUAAGUUGGUCAAGGAAAUCGGUAGGCAGGUUGCUACUGACAAGUGUAUUAUGGCAUUGCUUUUCCUCAUUGUCAUUGGAGUAAUUGCUAUCAUUAUUGUAAAGCUUGUUCAUCCAGGCAACAAGGACAUACGCGACAUUCCAGGAUUAGCUCCUCCUGUCAUGAACAACAGAAGACUGCUUUGGAAUCACAGUUGAUGGCUUAAAGUGAAUUUUUUGAUGAACUUAGACAAGUGACAAUUGCUUUGGGAACACACAAGGAUUAAAAUGAACAUAUUGAUGAGGUUGUCAAAUUGAUUUUGUGUCGUGCUCUUUGGUUUGUUGGCGAUGACAAGGAUGCAAGCUGUUGUUCGAAUCAAUGUUGCCAAUAGUUGUGUUGUUAGAUAAUACUAGUUGAUUGGUUAGUUGACCUGAAGCAUGAUGGAACAUUGGUCUAAGCCUGUAUGUACCUUUGAUUGUUUUUCUUGAACUGCACAAUUUUUACUCCACAGAUUUGAUCAGAGUCAUAUUGUAAUAUACGCUGGCUUUAUAUUUUUCUAUGUACCAUUUAUAGUCCUUAAAAAAAACUACUUUGACAUCAUAAA